AUGCUGGCCUUGGCUUCCUGUAUAGACGCUGUUGUAGCUUCGCCUCCCGACUAUGCCGUCGCCUGGGAUGGCACUGUUCCCACGUUGGAGUCAUCCUCUGCUUUUGGCGUUGGUCAAUUUGAAAUAACUGGGGAAGAUGAUGGCUCAGAAUUGGAUGAUCCAUACUGUGCAUAUUCUGAGGAGGAGUUCCAUACUGAUCAUUCUUCGGAUGAGGAAAAUAAUUAUCGUUUCCCUACAUAUGAUGCUGAUAUGGAGAAGCAGAAAGGAUUACAAAAGGUUAUCGAGGAGUUGUACCUUGAUGCUGAACAUAGGUUUUGUGUGAGGCACAUGUAUACAAAUAUUUUUAGGGCUGAAUUUAAGAGUUUGACACUUAAAGGUUAUUUAUGGAAAGCUGCAAAGUCAACUACUGUACCUGAUUGGAAGUUUUGGGUGGAUGAACUUGCGAAGGAGAGUGCGGGUGCAUUUGAGUAG